GCCGCCGCCGCCUGCUUGUCGCCGCACGUAGUCUCGCCGCCCAGUCUCAGUUCAGAAGUCCACGCGAGCACUCACGAAACACCUGCCAUAGAUACCAGUGUGCCUCAUGUCCCCUGGCGCCCCGCCAGGACAUUGGGGAGCAUCGGGCUGCAGUUUUCUAGCACGGGCCCUCGCCUUUGCAAAAAUUUCACACUCUGUUAACAGUGUUUGCUAAGGAUUCCAAGGAGUGCAAGCCCCCCUCUCUGACGUGCUGGUCGAAAUAAGUGAAGAAACUACGGUGCUUUUUUUUUUUUUUUUCUUUUUUCCUUUUUUGCCCUGUUCUAGCCCCUCGCAGCGUUUUCCAUUUAGGAGAGGUUAAUUCGUGCGUCCCGAACUAGGCAUAAUCACCCUUGAUGGUUUUCCCUCCUUCCCUCCAUCAGCCUCGCUCACUCAAUGCCCCGUUCAUCUCACCAGUUCACUCCCCCAACCCUGAGCUAUUUUCCUGGGGCUGGUUGAAACAGUUCCUGUUGCUAUCAGGCCAGAGCGCCUGUAAUCUAACCUCUAGAAACCUUUUUUUUUUUUUUUUUUUUUUUUUAGAAAAACAGUCGUUUUCUCCGGUUUUAAUCCAACUUAGUGUCCUAUAUCCAGCCUUUCCCCCCUUUAAUCUCUAGUGCACUUACUUUUAUGACUAUAAAAUAGCACUCCUUAACUCAUAGAUUUGUGGUUCUGUCUUCUCAUGUUACUCUUGCACUCUUGCUUCACAUUCCAUGAAGAUAGGAGUGGUCAGAGAGUUUAUCAAUGUCUUACGAUGUCUGGUAAUUGGUCCUUUCAUUUCAAGGAAUCAAACAUUUAAAUUUGCCUUUUGUGGAGCCAGGUCUUAUAUAGCCCAGGCUAGCCUCAAACUCUCUCAGUAGUAGAAGAUGGUAUUCAACUGUCUUCCUGCCUCUUCCACCUGCUAAGGGCUGGGAUGGCCAAUGGGAACCUCAUGUUUAGCAUACAUUUUGCCAAUAUUUAAAUUAAGCCAUUGCUUCCCUAUGCCUUUCAAAGUCUAAUUGUCAUAAUCUGCUAUAUUCCUUGGAAGAGCUUUUUCCUUUAGGUACCCUCUCCCUUUUUUCUCCAUCUAACAAAAUUUUGUUGCUCUUAAAUUUGUUUUUUGUUUGUUUGUUUCAUAUAUCCUCAGACAGGUGUGGGGGAAAUCCAAUUUCUCUUGGCCGGUUGCUUUAUUCUUUAUUAAUGCUUCCCAUUUAUGUGACAGGCUCUGAGAAGUGAUAGAAAGGAGAGCCUAGCACUGUAAUCUGCCUCCUGGACACACCUAGGAGAACCAACUGCUUAUGCAAUAACAAACUCCUCCUGACAGGAAGUGGUAUUUUCAAAAUAGAAAGGGAGAGUUCUGAAAGUUUUCCAGGAAAUAUUUUUCCAGUCUUUGCUACCUUGAUCUUUCAGUGUUGAUUCUGAAAUGAAGUCUGCAAACUAUAUCCAUUCUCCUCCCAACAUCUCACGGAUACUGAAAGAAUGUAGUAGUCUUCUUUCUCACCUGGAGACUUGCACAUACUUUUACAGUUGUAUAAUAUAUAAUUUUCAGUUAUAGUCUUUUCCAGACCUUUGGUAUAUUCAACAGCUUUCUUAAGAUCUCUAGUAGUUCCAACCAAAGUACAUAGAAUUUUAAAAUACUUUACUUACCAAAAGAUCACAUACAGUUGUUGGUUUGUUUGUUUUUGAGGGGUGUUUGUUUUCAGAAAGAGUCUCUUGUAGCUUAGGUGGGCUUCCCAAUUUUCAGUGAAGCCAAGAAUGGCAUUGAAUCUGAUCCUCCUCCUCCUACCUCUCCAGGACUGGGAUUGCAGGCUUGUGCUUCCAUAGUUGGCUAUAUGUGGGCAUAGGGAUUAAACCUAGCUAGGGCUUUGUGCAUACCAGAUAAGCACUCUACCAACUAGUUAAAUCCCCAACUCCAUAGAGGUUAUUUCUGAAACUAGAACGUGAUAGUGGGGUUAGGGGCAAUAUAAAAUUUUAUUUAGUAGUUGUCUUAGUUAGGGUUUUACUGCUGUGAACAGACACCAUGACCAAGGCAAGUCUUAUAAAGGACAACAUUUAACUGGAGCUGGCCUCCAGGUUCAGAGGUUCAGUCCAGUAUCAUCAAGGCAGGAACAUGGCAGCAUCCAGAUAGGCAUGGUACAGGAAGAGCUGAGAGUUCCACAUCUUCAUCUAAAGGCUACCAGCCCCUAACAGUGCCACUCCUUGGGCCAAGCAUAUACAAACUAUCACAGUAGUGUGUCUUAAGAUGCUGUUUAAAAUGACUGUUUGAAACAAAGACAUUGAGAUUGCCUAGAGGUACCUAGGCUUUGUUAAUUAUUAUGUUCUAGGUGUGCUCACCAGCCAGCCCAGACGUACUGUUACAGCUAGGAAAGAUAAGAGCAUACAAUAGAAUUUGGGUGCUAGAUUGAUCACCUAGAAAGGAUGGCUUGGAAAAGUGCCUAAGCAGCAGAAUUUCCGAGAUUUUUCCUAGAUCUUUCAUUAGAGUAGUAAAGAAGAAAAAACUCCCAAGUGGCUGCAGCUCUCAGAACUUCUACCUAGUCUUUUAAAUGAGGCCAGUCCCUUCCUUGGAGACUUGUUCAAGCAGACUUUGAGAUGGUAGAUCUAAGAGUGUUUAGUACUGACUCUAACACACAGUCAGUACUCUGCAAACAUGACCUUAUCAUCUUACCAAGCAAAGAUGUCUGUGGGUUCUAAUAUCCUUGUUUUAGUCAUUGCUAAGUGACAUUUGUAGUCAUGGUUACACUAGAUAGUGCCCUAAAUAUACCCCAGAUGGGACAAGAGGGGCAUAAUUGGAUAUAAAAUGAACUUCAGCUUUGUCCUUACCUGUUGCAUUAACAAAGGUCAUUUUCUAAGGCCUCCUUCAAAUCUUCCAUCAGGAAGAAGUGUUGUUUGUAUUGUUUUGAAAGCCUUUUUUUUUUUUGACCUACAGUCUUGAAAGGAAGUAGAGAUAUAUUAUUUUCAAUCACAGAAGACUAUUGCUUUUAUUUUUGACUUUUAUGUUUAUUGAAUGAAUAGAUUGAAAUGUUCUAAUCAGAUGUGUUCUUACCAGUCUGAAAGCUGGUUAAAGACCUCUAUGGAGUAUUGCCCAGCCUGUCAAUAUAGCACACUUUCGUUGAAGGAGUUGCUCAGCUACUGGCUAUAAUGCUAAUAUGGGUCUGUUCCUUCUUCCUGUCCGCUCUGUGGUACACACUGUUCUGUAAACAUGAGGUUUCUCACUCUCUGCUCACCUCUUUUGUACCCAUCAAGGGUCUCUAUCCUUAUAGUAGUUCUGAACAGGUGCUGGUAAAGAGAUUUAAAUUCAAAACAAAGCCCUGACAUUUAGACCCUGAAAUUCUCUCCAUUGCCCCUUAGCCAUCCACUGCCACAUUGGAGCCACCCUACUAGGAGUCUCACAUAAGCCAGCAAUCUGCUCCUGUUCCUAGCCACCACCUCCUCCAACACUUUCCACAAUACCAAGAUGGAAAAGCCAGCACAUCUGAACAAAUGUCUGACAGGAGAUGUUAGUGUGCCUGCUUGCCUGUCCUGUCCACAAACUUGUGCAGGCAAUCUGUCCAUGAGCUUGGGUACUCCACAGUUUAUUUGGAAACCAGAGUCAGGUAUGGUGGCAUGUGCCUGAAACCCCAGCACUUGGGGUAUAGACAAGAAUAUCAGGAGAUCAGGGCCAUCCCCAGCUAUACCUGGAGGUCAAGGCUAGCCACAUCUGUUUCAUUCUUCCUCCCUCACCCCCUGCCCUGCAAAAGAAACCUAAGUGAAAUCUUAGUUAAGAUGUUUUGCUUUUUAAGGGAUUUGAAAACAUUCCCUUGUUUGUUCUUUAAUUUAUCAAGUGUUUGUUACCUAGAGUGUGCCAGUGGUAAAUGGUAGAGAUGGGAAUGAGUAAGAACUUAUAGCUAUUUUAAAAGAACUUUGCUGUGGGUGAGGCAGACAGCUAGAAGAGUAACUAGAGCUGAGACGAGAAAUGAAGGUGAUGGUCAGGCAUGAUGGCUCACACCUGUGAUCUCACGGCCCAGGCAGUCCAUGCAUGGUGGCACCAGCCUUCAAUCUUAGGCAGAAGCAGGUAGAUCUAGGUUGCAAGUUCCAGGCCAGCCAUGGCUAUGUACUGAGACCCUCUGUCAAAUAAAAUAAAGGAUUUCAAGGUUAUUGUCAUUUUGAGGCUGGUCUGGGAACACAUGAAACCCUUCUUAAAUAGAAAACAAAAACAAAACAAAACAAAAAACCCACACCCAUGCGUACCAGGAACAGUUUCAGAAGAGUGAUAGGGCAGAAGCCAAACCAUGUCCAACUGUGGAAGACAUAGAUAGCAGAGAAGCACACGCAGUCAGUAUAGACCAUGAGACCGAGACAGGCAUUGCUAAGGUCCACACAGAGUUAUCUGUACCGUGCUACUCAGCUCCAGGGUCAAACAGAAUCAUGGUGUGUGGCCCCAAGGUAGACCUUGGUGAAAAUGGGAAUGUGGGCAUUAUUGCUGGGUUUUAGAGAUGCCUGCCUGCAUUUUUUUCUUUAUCCUGACAGGAGAGACUUAACAGAAAGGUUAGCAGCAGGAAGACAUGGUUACACUCUCUUGCUUUCUGAAACUCUGGUUAAAAAAAAAAAGUCCCGAGCCACACAGUAGGGAAGUCCCUCAGAGCCCAGAGAGACACUCUCCUGCCAUUUCUUUUCUUUAAGGUGGGGAAGGGCAGUGGCUAGGACAUAGCUGUAUUUUAUCCAGUAGGCAGUGUGCCACGUUGCUUUGCGGCAGCACUUCGUAAAGUGGAAUAUAACAACUGGAUCGUUAAUGAGUUGUCUUAAAAACGAGCAUUAUUAGCCAGAGAUGUAAUUCUAGCAUUUGAGAAGCCAAGGCACAAGAAUGUUGUGAGUUCAAGGCUAUUCUAGAAUCCAUAGUGAAUUUAGGUCAGCUUGAACAAUUUCAAACAAAAACCCCAAACCGCUAGAGCAUUUAAAUGUAAAUGCAUGUAUAAAAGAUGGCAAAAUAGUGUUUUACAGUAUUUAGUCAAAGUGGAUAUUGAGUAUAUUUCUGCCUCUUCCUGCAAGCCACCUGAAGUGACCUGUGAAAAUGGUUCACUGUUCUCUUUACCCAGACACCUUAAAAAAUUAUGGAAACCAGGAGGCUCAAAUCAACCAGGGGCUGGAGAGAUGGUUCAACUUGUUAAGAGCACCUGAGUUCAAUUACCAACACCCACAGGGUGACUUAUAGACUUAUAACCAUCUAAACUCUAGUUCCAGGGAAUCCAAUGCCACUUCUGGCCUCCAAGGAUAUCAGCCACUCAUGUGGUACACAGACUUAGAUGCAGGUAAAACAUCCAUAAGAAUAAAAAAAUAGAGAAAACAAUUUUUUUUUAAUUGAGGAGCAUUUUAACUUUUUUUUUUUUUUAAUUUUAAGUCUUCGUGUUCACUUUAAGAUCACCUGUGUAACUGCCCAGGGCAUCAGAGAUGUACUUAACUGAAAAACUACCCAGUGCCUGAAAGAUGGCACUUUAAAGAAGCAGUGUCCGUAUAAUAGUACAGCUGGUAGUUAUGCCAGGCCAGACACUAAGACUGCACACAGGGUCAGUGGCCCAAGAAGAGUGCUGAUUUUUUUACUGCACAUGGUUAAAAGUUCAGAGAGUAAUGCUGAACUUGAGGGCUUAGGUGUAGGUUGUCUCAUCACUGAGCAUCCAGGAUGCAUCUUUAAACCCAUCCUGCCUCAUGGAGAUGAUCCUCACUGAAAAUGAACAAGUUGUUCCCAAGCCAGAAGAGGAGGCUAGGGAGAAGAAAAGAUAUUCCAGAAGCAACCAAAGCAACAAAAACUUCCAGCAUGGGAACAUAUCCAACAUAAAAAUAUGGAAACACAAAUUGUUUUUGUUUCUUAAGGAAUGGAUUUCCCUCUUACCUGAAAACAAUGAGGACAGGGGUGUCCAUGUGAAGGGAUGCGGCUUCAUGAGAUAGCACAGAGGACUCCUCACUCAAGGCUCAGCUUACAAACAGUGGUUUCUCCUGCACAUCCUGCUUAACCAAGAAAAAAGUGUAUUCUCUUUUCUCAAAAGACUGAAGGUACAUACUCUAAGAGUCUUUGGAAGAGGAUGAGGGUCCCUGAUUUUGAGAAACCCAGUAAGUUCCUAAAGAACACACAACUACAGUCAUGUGCCUGCUUGCUGCAGAAGUUACAGCUGCUCACUGAAGCCUGAGCUGUCCAAGAUAUCAUCAUCAGGUCUUGCUUGAAGACUGGUUUCUUUCCGUCUCCCUUGGAUGAAUCUUAAUUCUGGGCUUUUUAAAUCUCCUGAUUAGAUCAUUUAGGAUUCUCUUGGUCAUAACACUCUCAUAUGUUUCUUGUUCUUUGUGGCAAAUUAGUGGAUGAGGGCUUUGUGCAUGCUAACCAGGUGCUCUUCUGAGCGGUGUCCUCAGCCUAUGUGAGUUUUUUCUCCCUGCAGUAUAUCAAAGGAUUACCUUGAACUCCUGAGACCUGUAUUCUACAUAAGCUUCCAGGUGCCAUAUUGAUGCUUCCCUUUCUACUGGUCCUCUCACUUUCAAAGGCAUUACAUUUGUGUAGAAGGAGGUGCACAUAUGCCACUUCACACAUGUAGAGGAAAGGUCAAACGACAAAUUGUGGGAAGUUCUCUCUUUCCUCCAAAUGCGUUCCAAGGAUUGAACUCAAGUCCCCUGACUGGGGAGCCGUGCAGUCUGCCCCCAUGUUGUUGUUUUAAAUAAAAGCUUUAUUGAAAGAUAAUUCAUACAUCAUAUAUUCACGUCACAUAUAAAUUAUGUGAUUUGCUUUUUAGUAUGUUCAUAGGGUUAUGUGACAAUCACCACUAAUUUCAUUAUAUUUCUGUCUUAUGAACGAGCUAAAGCAUCCAUACAAUGCAGUGUUAGACAGUAUAAAGAAAACAUACUAAGGUACGAAAGGCUCCAUAGAGUGACUUAAGGCUCCUGGAGCCUUAAAUGUGAAUUAUUGAGCAAAAGAAGUCAGUUUGAAAAGGAUGCAUAUGUAUACUACUAACUGUAUGACAAUCUGGAAAAAAGAAAAAGUUGGAAACAGAGAAGCCAUCAGUGAUACCAGGGCUUCAGAGGAGAAAAGAGUAGGUGGAGCACAGAGGAUCUUGAGGGAGGAACUUGUCCGUGUGAUACUGCAUUAUCAGGCAGUGGUGGUGUGCUUUUGUCAAAACACACACGGACACUAGUGUGAACUCAGUUCAGCAUUAGCUUACCGGUGUUAACCAGUGUCCCAUCCUAUUGCAUGAUGCUAUGAGUGCCUUUGCCCCCCUGUAAUUGGGUUGUCUUUUCAUUAUUGACUUUGGAGAAUUCUUCAGUGUGCUGGGUACAAGUCCUUUACCUUAAAUGUGACUUGAAUAUUUUCAACUCUAAUGUGAGUUGUCUUCUUACCUUCAUAAUGUCUCUAAAGCGCAGAGUUUGUAAUGAAGUUCAGUGAGUAAUCUUUUUGGCUGCUCGUGAGGCCAGAAGAGGAUAUUGGAUUCCCUGGAACUAGAGUGACUCACCUGUUCUGAGCCGCCACGUGGGUCAUAGGAACCAAACCUGGGUCCUCUGGAAGUGCCACAGUGCUCAUAGCAUAGGCACUGUGCUCUAUCUUCAGUGCUAGACGUGCUUUCUGAUUUUCCUCGAUAGUGAACAGAAUAAAAACACAAUGGCUCUUUGUAUGUAGAUCUUGUGUUCUCUAACCUUGCUGUACUUACUCAUUUGCUCUAAUAGUUUUUGUGUGGAUUCUUUUGGAUCUUCCACAUACAAGAUCAUGUUAUCUACAAACAGACAGUUUGGCGUUUUCAUCCUCCAUCUCAACUGCCUUCGAUUGCUUUUUCUUCCUGUUGACUAAGAAUGGUGGUUGGAGGCAAAGUGAAGAAGCCUGGUAAGCGAGGACGGAAGCCAGCCAAAAUCGACUUGAAAGCGAAACUUGAGCGAAGCCGGCAGAGUGCGAGAGAAUGCCGGGCCAGGAAAAAGCUGAGGUACCAGUACUUGGAGGAGUUGGUAUCCAGUCGGGAAAGAGCUAUAUGUGCACUCCGAGAGGAACUGGAAAUGUACAAGCAGUGGUGCAUGGCAAUGGACCAAGGGAAAAUCCCUUCUGAAAUAAGGGCCCUACUCACUGGCGAGGAGCAGAGCAAGCCUCAGCAGAGCUCAAGCAGGCAUCCCAAAGCUGGGAAGACAGACGCUGACACCAACUCGUUGGUGGGGAAUUGAACCUGUGGCUUCAGAUACGAUGAGGUGAAGAUCAUAUAAAAGGCAGUCCGUGAUCAAAGCCAAUGGUGUGAUGUCUAUGGAGGACGAAUGGGGCAGGACUUUGCUUCUUGGCUCCAUUUUCUGCUUACUGCUCAGUAAGCGUCUCUGUGAACCCAAAGUUUCUACCGUAAUGUGUGAUGAUGCGUCGGGAAGGUCCUUGCGCAGCACUUAGACUUGCCGGCGACCUUCAGACCUGCUCUGUGUCGCUCACCACAUCGGUUAACAGUCGUGAUGCCGAGCCUGUGGGAGCGGAGGAAGUGGAUGGAAGCGCACGUUUGCACCUUAGCCCUGUGGCUUUCAUGGUUAAUUUCUACUUGUCCUAUGUAAUUGAUGGAUUUGUGUGUGUGUGUUUAGUUGUCACUUCUUUUCUUGUUUUUAAUCACCCUACAAAAAGAAACCAAAUAGGCUGUUUGUCUCCCGUGGUUCUCAGCCUUUAUGGACCCAAUAUUACUCCUUUCUAGUUACUUGAGUAAUGUUUGCUUGUCUGUGAGCCAUUCCAGCAUAAGCUGUGAGUAUUAACAGAUAUACACACUUCUAUUUUUAUAACCCAUAGUGAUAUGCCUGUUUUAAAGAAUGUCCAUAACAAAGCCCAAUACAAGGCCCCUGACAGCCUCAUUUUGCUCUUCCUCUGACUGUAUUUAUGAAAGCUGGCUAGGGCCAAAUCCAUGCUUGGAGAAUAAUUAGCCACAGUUUAUUUUUAAGUGAAAAGUUCUCUUAGUAGCAUCCGUUACCUUAACCUGCAGUAUGUGUGACGUGGUUUCUGCUGUAUGUCUCCAUGUACACACAUUGGCACACACAUUUGCUUGUGCACUCAGCUGAGGCAUGGGGUUUUUCUAAAGCGUACAGAAUGAACGUAGCUGCUGAGACUGGGUAUCUGCUGUGUAGAGCACAGGCCAUCCUGCUGCUGACGCUAUGGCUGCUGCUGUUGGCAGAAUACUCAGUUCUUCCCUGACAUGAGUGUCCUUAUGAAUGUGUUCUGAGCCAGAGAGAAAGAAGCCUACUGUGUGCUUGUACCUGCUUUAGCCUGUGCCCCCACUGUGCUGGGGCAUCCUGAGCUGCACCCUGUACUGCAGCCUGGGGCCUGGUGGGUAUUUGGAGUCGCAUGUGGCUCUGUAUGGUUCCCAGCACAGCCGAAUUUGCACGUGGAGUGUGGUUAGGGGCAAAGCUCAUAGUAGGAGAGGUUCAGAGACAAGGAAUUUCUACUUUACUCGCUUCUCUCACUAGUUCAGUCAUAUGUAUUCUCUGUUGCUGCUAAUUACAAUUGUUCCUCCCUCUGAUGAAGCAGGAAUUUGACUUCCAGAAAAAGAAGUAUUUGCCACAGACUGGCAGUUGAAGGGAGGUAUCAUAGUUACAGGCAUGUCCAACCUUUUGAUGUUGUGACUUGAAGCCUGAGAAUUGAAUGUUUUAAGUGAGUUUACAGUUUAGUGCUGGGCCACAUUCCUAGUUAUUCUGAGGUAUACGCAGCCUGCAAGCUGCGGUUCAGACGUGCCUGGAAGGUUGUCUGUGAGGUGGGACGAGAGAUGGACUGUGUAGCUUGUGAUCUCUUGACAGGCAUGUCUCCUGACCAGUUGCCUUCUGUUAGCUGAAGAUCCCUUGAGCGCAGGCGUGGAACUCAGAUCUCCAUGCUAGGUGUGUGUGCCCGCCGACAGAGCACCUGCCCAGCUUGCUGGGAUUCGCUGUGUUUUAGAAAAAUGGGCAUUAAGGGUAUUUAAUGUCUUCUUAGGACCAUAAGUGGAGACAAGGACUGUUGAUGUUCAGGCCCUUCGAAUGUAAGUGUUUUCAAUGUAGUGUUCUGACUGGGAUGGCGUGUUCUGCCAGUGGGGCGACUCAGUCGUAGACUCUUACUUUGCAGAACUUUGUGUUGCUUUGUUUGUUACUUUUUGAAUUCUCCAGGAAAAAAAAAUGUUUUUAAAGCAAACAUUCCAGGAUGAGUGUGGCCUCUCAGUGGAAUGUCUCACUGUGCUUGAAGCCUCUGCAGGUUGUACUUGUAGUUUCAGGGUCAUCCCAGGUUGUCCUUGUAACCACACGGUCAUCCACAAGUAGAAGAGAUGGACUUUGGAGUGAAUGUUGAUUACGCUUUGAGUUUUCUCUAGGGCCUGUAUCUCUUUAGUGUUUUGGAGCCAUCAAACCAAGAUAAUGGCCCUCAGCAUCUGAAGGGGGCAUGGUGAUUGCUCAGCUACUGUGCUGGCCCUUCUCCCGAAUCUGUGAUCUAAUUAAUCACUGUUCCAGAUUCCAACAGCUGCAGCAUCUCUUGUCACUCCCAUCCAUCGAGGCACUGCAGGCUAACUGCAGUUCCUUCCCAGAGGAGAGCAAGCUGGGAGGACAGAGCCCAAGGCCAUUCUCUAGGGCAGGAAGAGGCCAAGUGCCUGGCUUCUUUUUUUUUUUUUUUUUUUCAGAGAUUAAGGAGAAAAUAUAUUUGCACAUUCACACCAAUCCAACUCUGCCACUCUAGCAUCUGCUUCCCACGUACUGGAGCAACUGGUGCAAUAUGGAGUUGAUCUGGUCAGGUCAACAUUUAGGCUGUAGGUGAAGUUAUUAAUUUGUUUUCUGUCCUUAUCUAAAAUGUUCCUGGGAUGCCCAAAUCAGAGCUUUAGUGCUGCGGUCCCUGCCACUGCCUGCCUCGUGGACACGCUCAGCGGCACCAGCUGUAACUUCAGCGUCUUUGCCCCACAGUGGGUCUGCUUUGGCUGGUGAUAGAAACACAGGUUUAAGCUGUGCUUUACUUUUAGUUAAAGUCAAGUAAGAUCAACAAAAAUAAAUACUAUUUUUCACAGAGAUCAGCUGCAUGCUGUGACAAAUAUUAAAGUACAUAUUUUGUUUUUUAAAAGAUGAAAGAUGAUUAAACCACAUGGUAUUUGGGGGCAAAUGAAGGAUUUUUUUUCCUCAGAAAAGAAUUGUACAAUUAUAUUUUUAUGAAAAAUAAAGUAUCUUCACCAAAAUAA